AUCACUAGUCCACCUCGCAGUCUCCGAGGCCUCUUCUAAGGGAGCUGUCUGUUUUGGUUGUAGCGCAAUGGAGCCUCCACGGGGCCCGAGGAAGCCUCUGUCCUGGAGGAGAGCCAAGUCUCUGGACAGGCUACAGAACGCCCAGAAGGAGUCAGAGUCGUGGGACUGCCCGGGCCCUUCCCCGCCCACUGGCCCCUUCAGGGAAGGUCUUUGUCGGGCGGCCAGUGAUGGGACCAGAUGUCUCAAGAGUCCAGUUCAGUCUGCGGAGGCUCAGGACACCACGGCUGCCGCCCCCAGCCCAGAGGAGACCAAGGACCUUCUCAGCGAGCAGAGGCCUCUGCAGGAUGCCAAGAAGGACAAGGCCCAGUGGCAGGCCCCGCAGGGGUGGCUGAGGUUUGUGGUGAACUUAUUCUUCAGGACAGGCCCUGAGGAGCCCAAGGAAAAGACCAACAAGAAGGCAAAGGGGAAGGAGGGGUCCCCCGAGCCCGCAGAAACCCCCGAGAGCCCGGGCGAGCCAACUCCCAGGAAGAAGCCCCACAGCAAGAAGGCCAGCCGCAGGAAACACAGUCAAAGGAAACACGGCGCGGAGGAGGCCAAGGGGGCCCGAGAUCAGGAGGCCGAAGGCCAAGAGGCCAAGGCGGCUGAGGCCUCACGUGGUGAGGGGGCUGACCUGGGCCCAGCAGCCAGGGGUGGAGAAGACUCUGAUCUCCACCAGUUCUUGCUCCUUGAAGGUGGGGGUACUGGAGUCUGGAAAGUUUCUUUCCAAGCCAUAGGUCAUCAGCAGGAAGAGCAGCUCAGAAAGCCAGACGAUAUCAUCAUCCAGAAGAUAGUGCAGCUGCUCCAAAAAGUGGGCGACCAGUGGGAGGAAGAGCAGCAUCAAGCCCUUCCUUCUGCGGUGACCCGAAGAAACGCAGGACCGGCUGUCAAGAAGAAAUCCCAAGAGAAAAUGUCUAGCCUCAAGAGAGCCUUUUCUUUUAAGAAAUACGGCUCCGGCUCCGAGGAACCCAAGAGAGCAGGGACCGCCCAUGUUUCCAGCCCAGAGUCCCGGCCGCCCAGAAGGCCCAACUUUCUGCCCCUGUGUGUGGGCGGCCACCGGCCCUCCAGCUCCAGCCUCUCCGGUGUGGAAGAACCUGAAGUCCAAGAGGCUCCACCUACAGAUGGAGGAGAGCCAAGUCCCUUUGAGCUUUGCACCCCAGCAGAAAGUGGGGGAGCCGACGAGGACCUGCAGCAGGACAGAGCCGCAGAGUUCAAAGAAUUCAUCCAGAAGAUCAUUGCCCUACUCCAAGAUGCAGAAGAGCAGUGCGGAGACAAGCAACUUCAAGUCCAGGAGCCAGAGGUGGCUGUAGAAAACUUGGCCCCAGCCUGCAGGAAGAAAAGCCAAGAGAGAAAGUCCAACUUCAGAAAAGCCUUCUAUAAAAAACACAGCUCCAAAGACCCCAAGAGGGUGGGGGCUGCAGGUGCUGCCAGCCCAGACUCCCGGCCACCCAGGAAGCCCAGCUUUCUGCCCCUGUGCGUCGGUGGCCAUUGGCCCUCUGUCUCCAUCAACUCUGAUCUGGAGGAUCUCGAAUUCCAGGGGUCCCCAUCCACAGAAGGGGAGCCAGUUGGAGCCCCAGAAGCACCCUCCCAGGCCAGAAGUCACAAGCCAGAAGGGGGACCUCAGCUGGACGGAGCGAAUGAAUCCAAGGAGCUGAUCAUCCAAGAGCUGGUGGCCCUUCUCCAAAAAGUGGAUGGCCAGUUGGGAGAGCAGAUCAAGCGGCACCCCAGUUUUAAGAAAUUUUUCUACAAGCCCUCAGUCUCUUCCCUCAGAAAGCUGGCAGCCACGCUGCGCAGCCAAGGAGCCCACGCCACCGAGCCCCAGAGAACCUACCCAUUCGUCUUUGGCUUGGGACACCAAUGUGCUGGCAACAAUUACCACACCGUCCUCAGUCUCACAGGCCUACACUACAGGAGACCCAGUUAUGGCCAGUCCCCGUUCGAGGAGGCCCAGCAGAACAUCACAAGUUCUCAGAUCCAGAGUCCAGAUUGAAAGCUGUGCUUUGCACUCAAGUUCCCUUGAACUAUGCAAACAUUGAUAGCUUCAGCCAGGAAACCCUGAAUAUGCUCCGUGUUCUCCCAAUCCAGUGCUUCACAGACAUGACUGAAGACAAGAGUGGACAGCCAUUCGGUGUCCAUGCACCAUCGUGGGCUCACUGAGAUGGAGAAUGAACAAGGUGUUCUACAAAACUGGAGGCAAAGGCCAUGGGGGGAAAUGCACUGGACUGGGAAUUAGGAGACCAGGACUCCACCUGCUGACCUACCUCCGAACUUGGCUCCAAAAUCCUGUACGAGUCCCACGUCCCCUCUCCUCUCCAGAUCUUGGAUUCUGGGCUGGAUUAGUGACCCAUCUGGUUGUAUGAUGCUAAAAUAUCUCUAAAGAGAGAUAGCAAGUGCUUUCACUUUUUGCCUAAAUAUACCCACCCCACGUAGUUGGAGGCAAUCUUUAAGUACUGACUAAAUGAAUGAAUGAAUGGAAUGCCUGAGAUCCAGGCAAUUCUGCUAGGCAUUCUCUGGGAGGCCUUGGUCCUCAACUAGAGUUGUGAGACCAGUGGUUUUCCUCUGAAUUGGUAGUUAGCAAAUGGGGGAGUUACCUCAGUAGGCAUUGGUCUGGAGAAAGGCCUCUGCAUUCUGGGGUCAACCCGAGGGCCCAUUGCUGACUUAUGUACCCUUGUUUGUUUUAUCGGGUGUUUUCUUGGUUCACCAGGGCUAAAAAUAUGCCCAUGUCAUGUAGAAGAGCUGCUGAUACUUUUUUCAGAUGUUAGUUUUUAAAAUAAGUCUCUUGCUUCCCUGAUAGCUCAGUUGGUAAAGAAUCUGCCUGCAA